ACAUUACAUUUAAGUCAUUUAGCAGACGCUCUUAUCCAGAGCGACUUACAAAUUGAUAUGCCACUCCUUGAAAGAAUCACUGGUCUGAUAACUUUACCUUAUCUAAAUUAUUAUCUAAAUUAUUAGAUAUCAAAUCAUAUUGCAUUGGUCACAUAAACAUAAUUAGGUGAUGAUAUUGCGGAUGUAAUGAAAUGCUUGUAAAACAACAAACGUUCUGGGCUAAUAAUGUAAAAAAUAACACACAACAAAAAAACAAAAUACUGCAAAGUUACUUAGUGAACUAGAACCACUGUCGGCGCCAUCUUGCCUUCUACUAUUGCUAUCAUUAGUCUUUAUAUACACUGAGCUGAGGUGAAAACUAUUUAUAUUGUUACGGUAAACUUUGAGUCCACCUGCACACCCUUUAUGGAGCUACGUUUUUACCUCUGGUCAUGUUCAUCUGUAAAAUCUGCAUUUAUGUAUCGCCAUCUUGUGGAAAAAGAGUAUUCAUGCAGGAUAAAAAAAUUUUUUUCUUACCCUUCUUCUAUAUUCCAGUAGGUGGUGCUCUUGUGUCACUGAAUACAGAGGUCUCGUGAAAACCAUGGUGGAAACCUAUCGAGCCUACUGAACAGAUAGUAUACUAAACAGCACAACAUUACGUUAAAUAUUUUAGCUUAUCUUUCACCAUCCUCUCAGACAGUCAUCAACCGGUUGACACCAUUUCUAUUCCACCCAAACACCUCAGUAUCCUGCAGUAUAGUAGACCUACAUCCGAGUCCCCUUUAAACUCCAACUCAACCAGGUAACAAUGUUAAGGCCACUGGCUGCGAGGCCUGCUGAAAUGUGAGCCCAUGACUAUCUGUCUGUAUGUUUUAUUCAUCUCAUCCACUGAUCUAGUCCUCCACAGAGCAGACACCUGACUCCACUGACCUGUCUGUCUCUCCCAGGGACCACUGGAGCUGACGGCCUGGACAGAGGAACAGGUAAUGGUGAGAAAAGAUGUCAGAGCAAAGGCAACGUUCCUUGUCCACCUCAGGAGAGACCCUCUAUCUAGUCCUGGGCCUCGACAAGACUUCUACACCGGAUGACAUCAAGAAGUCCUACAGAAAACUUGCUUUGAAAUAUCAUCCAGACAAGAACCCAGAGAACCCGAACGCCACAGAUAAAUUCAAGGAGCUCAACAAUGCCCACUCCGUGCUGUCAGAUGCCUCCAAGAGGAACAUAUACGACAGCUAUGGUUCCCUCGGUCUGUACGUGGCACAGCAGUUUGGAGAGGAGAACGUCAAUGCUUAUUUCAUGCUCUCCAGUUGGUGGGCAAAGGGUCUGUUUGCGGUCUGCGGCGUGCUAACAGGCUGCUACUUCUGCUGCUGCCUGUGCUGCUGUUUCAACUGCUGCUGUGGGAAGUGUAAACCCAAAACUCCUGGAGAGGAGGACCCCGACACCUACGUGUCCCCUGAAGACCUGGAGGAGCAGAUCCGCACAGACAUGGAGACAGAUGCUGACGACGUCCCCAUAAUACAGCAGCCAACCAAUGCAAGCGAGAGGACCGGGUUGAUUGGUGACGGACGACGGGCCUAUACCUAACACAACUAAGAAGAAAGACCCGGAGGACUGGUGAUAUCAUAGGGAUUCCAGAACUGGCUUUAAAUACCUGUAUUUGAGCAUUUGUUAUUUUAAUACUUGUUUCGAUAUAUUUUAGUAUUUUCAAAUAAUGUGGCCCGAAUCACUUACAACUAAGUAUUUGAAAGUGUUUUCAAAUAAUUUCCUAUUAAUAGCCUACUAUUUAACUUGUUUCAAAAACUAUUUUCCAAUACCUGGGUUAAAUGCAUGGUAGUGUAUUUCAGUCAUUUUAUUUCUGUAUUUUCAAAUACAUUCCAAUAUUCAACUACUUGUCUUUUCAAAUAAAACAUAUCUACUUACUAUCAAAUGUAUUUUAAAGUAGUUUAAAUACCCUAAAUAGUAUUUGAACCCAGGAUCUGAGGGGAUUCAUUCCUUGACCUGGUAGAUCCCAAAAGGGUUCCAAUUACAUUCCACCCCUUGACUACACUUUGUAAAUUCUGAAUGAGUGUUAGUUUGUGUGCAUUGUGUUUGUUUGUUAUUUAUUCUGAACAAAAUACAAAGUAUCCCUAGAAUUGUGCAUUUAAAAUUGUGGUUGUGAAAGAAUUGAAAGAUGUCAGUAUUUUGUCAU